UUAACGAGAUUUGCCAUUGGGUAUUGGGCUUUCACUGUCUAUAUGUUGUGUCUUGUAUAUGCUGGUAUCCACUGUUAUUAUUGGCCUGGUACCAUUCUUUGCCCUGGAUCCAGACAUCCCGGUAUCUUCUGCCUUUUCUAGCCAUGGGAUGCAGUGGGCAGUAUACAUAAUCACAACUGGAGCAAUUACUGCACUUUGCUCAACCCUUAUGGGUUCAUUACUUCCUCAGCCUCGAAUCCUGAUGGUAAUGGCUAGAGAUGGAUUACUUCCAGCUUUCUUUUCAGAUGUACAUAAGCACAACCAAGUUCCUGUCAAUAGCACAAUUGCAACUGGAGUUUUUGCUGCAAUCCUAGCAUUGUUUAUGGAUGUUUCACAGUUGGCAGGCAUGGUCAGUGUGGGAACACUUCUUGCAUUCACUGUUGUUGAUGUUUCUAUUUUGAUACUCAGAUACAUUCCACCAGAUGAAGUGCCACUUCCAUCAUCACUUAAGGAGACAAUUGAUUCAGUAUCAUCAUCGCAUGGUAGUGGUACUGUAAUGGGGAAAAUCCAAAAGAUUCUACUUACAACUUUGAGGAUAAUACUGAAGUAGCUAUUGCUGAUCCCCUUAUUCCAAAAGUAUUUGACCAAAGUAAAUAUUAGAUUGAGCAUCUGUUAUCUUUGAUAUAUAAGGUACUUGCAUUAAGUUGUCAUGUAUUCAUGGAGUUGGGUUGAUUAUGGAUCAACAAUGCAAUUGGUAAAUUGGAGAUGCAGUUAUAAGGUGUCAUGCAUUGCAGAGUAGGAUUUAUGGAACUGUGUAUCAACAGCACAGUGGGUCAUACUAAGUAGUUUACUUACAACUAUUUGCAAUGUUGCAUGGACUUAUCAAAUGAACUAUUUUUGUUUGACACACAUCAAACUAUCACAUAAAUGAAGUAAUGCAUCGCCAUUUCUUUACUUUUUUUAGUUUUUCCUUUGUUCACUUGACGUAAGGAACAUUCAUCAUCAUCAUCGUCGUCGUCGUCAUAUCCCAACUAUAUGGGGUCUGCUACAUGAAUCCUGUUUUACUAAUCCAUUCUAUCUAAAUCUAUAUCCACUAUUAAAUUAUUUAGUGCUUAAAUUUCUUACUAUUUCUAUCCAUGUCCUUUUUGGUCUACCCCUAUCCCUUCUAGCCCCUUCAACUUAUAACAAUUCACUUGUAACUGGUUUUGUUGAUGGUCUUCAAUGCAUGUGAUGAAACCAUCUUAGUGUACUUUCUCUCAUGUUAUCACCUAUUGGAGCUACUCCCUAAGUUCCUACGGAUGACUUCAUUCUUGAUCCUGUCCUUUCUAGUCUUUUCUCUCAUCCAUCUUAGUAUUCACAGUUCUAUCACACUCAUUUUCUAGACAUGUUGUUUCUUAACUACCUAACACUCUAUUCCAUACAACAUAGCUGGCCUUACAACUAUUUUAUAGAAUUUUCCUUUUAAUCUAAGUUGUAUUCGCCUAUCACACAAAAGUCCAAAUGCACCCCUCCUUUUUACCCAACCUGUUCUAAUUCUUUGGGUGACAUCCUCCUUAAUCUCUCCCUUGUUAUGAAUUAUUGAACCAAGGUACUGUAGCAUAUCCUGAUUUACACUCCUUUUGUUACUAAUUACAUGUCGUAUGCUCUAUUUUAGUCUUAUUUUAAAACAUCUUAUUUCUAAGGCAUUUGUCCAUAAGUUUAAUUUUGCAUUUAAUGCUUCAUUAGUUUCAUCAAUUAAAAACAGUAUCG